CCGAACAUUUUCUUUCCACUUCACCGACGUGCGAUAGGUAUUUUUUAUUUCUCAAGUCAGUUUGACUCACGGAUGGUGUCUGCUCUGCAGGAUCUUACCGCCAAGCGGGCAGAAGCAGGUGGCAGCUCCACAGCAGGGGGAGCUCCGGAGGGUGAGGCUCAAGGAGGAGGCGGAGUGACCGGCACAAGCGUGGGAGGAGGAGAGGGAGGACGCGGAGCAGGCGGAACGUCGGAGGAGACCCCAAAGGGACCGACGACCAGCGAGACUCUGUUUCAGGAGGAUGUUCGGGUCCUCCCUCGACAUCGGGGAAAGCUUGCCUCGCCUAGUUUCAAACGCCCUGCGGUUUGAUUUCUGUACUGUGAAGCAUACGAGCAGGAGGAUGAAGAGAAGGGGGAAGAGAAGGGAGAAGAGAAUUCAGGGGAGGGAGGGGGAAGUUUAAAAGGAGGGGAGGGGGACAAAUAAUUUGCACAACAAAAAGAGAGUACAGAAAGUUGUGCGGCAAAAAGAGGGAAAGGCAAAAAGGCUGCGGAGGAAGGGGGAAAAGCACUUCUGGUUCCAGUUUGCGGGAUGACUCUUUUGACUUUGACAGCUUACUUGAAGGGCAUUCCCGCAAAUCGACUGCGCACUCACCUCUGAGGCUCUGACUCAAUGAUAUGAUUGAGUCAACGGCUGCGCAGAUUUUUCACCACAUGUUGCCGUGGCUGAUUUCGAGAAGGGGAGAACAGCUCGCCAACAUCAGAAUGUGUCAGUGGGGUUCAGCACAGCCGUAUCUCAACGUACGUCCAAAGAAGACGGUUUUGAAUUCACGCUCCACUGCUGGCUCCAGAGUCCAUCUAUAUCUAUAUGGAAAGCUACCAAGCUGUAAUCCAGAGGCGACAGCAUUGUCAUUAUCUAUCAGGAAAGCAAAACGAGAUAGCUCGCACUUCUUCAACAUAGCUCAACUCUUUUUGUGAGUGCGAUUGAAGUGCUGUAACUUAGGCUGUAAGAGAUUACCCAGUUGAUUUUCAGGCUUUCAGCAGAGCUGCCCGCCGCCCGGUCUGUCACAAGUUGACGGCAGGGAGUAUCGGAAAGAUAGGAUCAAGGGGAGUAGUGCGCCGACGGCCCGACGGCGCCGACGCAACUACACGGAACGCUCGAUCUGGGGAGGAAUCGUGCUUGCGGACAUUUACAGGUAACCGAAGGGACAAGGGGGGAAUAUUGGAAUGAUAGGUUGAAAGCCUUGAAAGGUGUUUGGCGCAGCAGUGAUGAGAGGAGGGUUCAAACGGAGUAAGACAAGGCGACGCGGUACGACAAGGCGGCGGAGGAAGACAAGUCAAGGAUGCAUCCUGGGGAGGAAUCGUGGAUGCGGACAUUAACAGGUAAGAGGAAGGACAAGGGGGGGGGGGGGGGGGGGGGGGGGGGGGGGGGGGGCGGGGGGUUAGUGUUUUGGGUUAUAAACAAUGCUCCUGCCACUGAUAUACACAGAUAUACACAGACAGACACACACACACACACACCAUCCACUAAGAAACCCCCCACCAAGCACCGUCCAACCCCCUUAAACCUACCUCCCCACUAUACGACACGCCCAACGACAACAGCACAGGAUGCACACACACACACACACGCACACACAACAUACCCAACAACAACAACAGCACAGCACACAGACACCCCCACAACGUAGAGCAUUGCCGACUUCUGCAGCAGCUUUGCACUCAGGCGAAGCGAUUUGCACUCAGGAGGUGAAGUGAUUAUGGGAAAGAGGAAAGGUGUAAUGUUUAUGUCUUUGUCGAGCUUUGAUUUCCGAAAUCGAUCCUGGAUUGCCCCAUAGACUUCAUAGACUUUGAUGUCUGAUGGAGCUUGACAACAUUUACGGGCUGAGUGCGAGCGACUGCAGUGAGAGUCGCACAAAAACGAGAAGGCGAAGGGAAUCUUAUUUGCGGCAGAGCGUCUUUAACUUUGGUACGUCGGGGUACCCUUUGGGGGGUUCUGGUACAUCAUCCACAUUUGGUAUCCAAAUA